AUGAGUCCAACGUCUAAACGGACAGGUGUAGUGGCACUGAAGAUUGGAAUGAUGCCUCUGUGGGAUAAAUGGUGUACAAGAAUUCCUUGUACAGUUCUCCAGAUUGAGAAUUGUCAGGUUGUACAAGUCAAGACAAAAGAGAAGGAAAAUACAAACAGUCUUCAAGUUGGAGCGGGUCCUGUAAAAGUGAAAAAUGUAAACAAGCCACUGUUCGGGCACUACAAGAGCGUUGGCGUUGAGCCAAAGCGAUACCUCACAGAGUUCAAGGUCACGGAAGACGCGUUUCUUCCUGUAGGCACGGAGCUCACCUGCAAGCACUUCGUUCCUGGGCAGCGCGUGAACAUCCAGGGCAUCACGCAAGGAAAGGGAUUCCAGGGCGUAAUGCGGCGCUGGGGAUUCAAAGGCCUCGGCGCGUCGCACGGCGUGAGCGUUUCGCAUCGUUCUCUGGGAUCGACUGGACAGAGAGAGGACCCCGGGAAGACGUUCAAGGGAAAGAAAAUGCCUGGACGAAUGGGGAAUAAGAACUGCACCGUGCAGAAUCUACUGGUGUACAAGAUCGAUCCGAAGCGGAAUCUGGUGUAUGUGAAGGGGUGUGUGCCUGGAAACGACGGAGAGUAUGUCAAGAUCACCGAUGGGCGCGAUGUCGGUCCUUUCAAACUACCCUUCCCUACGUAUAUUCCAACGGGGAGUCCCGAAGAGUUGGAAGAAGUCGUGGCGCCUGCUCCUGCAGAAGAUCCUUAUCCUUGGUAUUAGUACGUCUCUUUUAUC